ACGGUGCAAAGUGACACAGGGGCCACAGGAAACUCACAUGGGAAAGGAGUGUGGGAAAUGAAAACUUGGACUCGGAGCAAAAUAGAAGUUGCCUGUUUGGAGUGUAAGGGAGGACGUUUGUAACUUAUGUUCUUAUCACCACUGUGACCUCGGUCUUGUUUUCUUCAGUGUCCUUGUUCUUCCGCAGGCUUUCAUCCACAAAUGUCUUCUAUCAAUAACAGGGAGCAGCCAAUUUUUAGCACCCGGGCUCAUGUGUUUCAGAUCGACCCAGUCACAAAAAAGAACUGGCUUCCGGCCAGCAAACAUGCGGUCACAGUAUCAUACUUCUACGAUGCUACAAGGAAUGUAUACCGCAUCAUCAGUGUGGGGGGCACCAAGGCCAUCAUCAACAGUACCAUAACUCCAAACAUGACAUUUACCAAAACCUCACAGAAGUUCGGACAAUGGGCCGACAGUCGUGCCAACACUGUGUAUGGAUUGGGUUUCGCUUCAGAGCAGAAUUUAUUUCAGUUUGCAGAGAAGUUCCAGGAAGUGAGGGAAGCUGCCCGACUGGCAAGGGAGAGAUCUCAGGACAAGACUGAGCUUACAAACCCUGCACUUAAUAUUACUUCUCAGCAGGUACUUCCUUCUCCUAUUAUCAGUGCCAAUGGACCAGGGGAUGACAAGCUGUUUCGGAGCCAGAGUGCAGAGAUGGAACUUAGCACAGAAAGGGAACGUGUUAAGAAGAUGCUCUCCGAAGGCUCAGUGUGUGAAGUUCAGUGGGAAGCCGAGUUCUUCAGUCUCCAGGAUAAUAACAACAAGUUGGUGGCAGCCCUUCGAGAAGCUAAUGCCAAUGUAGAAAAAUGGAAGAAGCAGCUGGCAGCAUAUCAGGAGGAGGCGGAAAUGCUACGGCAACGGGUAGCAGAGCUUGAAUCUCAGACACUGAAAGAGACAAAUGAAGAACCUGGGGAUGAACUGGCCUCAAGACUAAAAGACUUGGAGGCCCUUCUCAAAACUAAGGAGGAGGAAAUUCUUUUGUUGAGGGAACAGAGGCCUGAUCUAAUGGAACUGGAGAGUGAGAGAGACAAGCUACUUCAGAGGCUGCAGGAGCUGGAAACGCAAAACCAAGAAAUGGAGAAGGAACUAGAGAGAUCAGAACAGAGCCUCAAAGACUCCCAGUCAGAAAGAGAUCGAGUUCGAGAAGAGAUUAGCAAAGCUGGAGAAGAUCUUGAUGUGAAAAUAUGUCAACUGAAUGAGUUGCGUAUGGGACUCUCUAAACUUCUAGAAAGCAACUGAAAGGGGAACAAAGCGGCUACACAUGGAAAUAGUUUAUACUGUUUUUGCUCUUGGAAGAAUUCAGACCGGUAAUCCGGGAACACAAGUAGCUGACAUGGACUAAUGAGGACGUUCAGCAGUAUUUCUUCAGCUCAUUGUAUUCACAUGUCGAUCAAUGGUAUUCUUCAGUUUGCUCUCAUCAUAGCAAAACCUCUUCUCUUCCACUUCAGAGGUCUGCAGCCUCGCUAAACUUUGUUUUUAACAUUACAUCUCAAUGCCGCAUUUUUCAGCCAGGAGUAUAAGCCAUUGUAAAAAAAACAAAACAAAAGAAAUAUGUGGAACAGGUAGAUGGAAUUAGGUAAGGGCUGCUUACAAUCAUUCUUUACCCACUGUGAUACAGAGAAAAGCCUGUUGUCUCUCUCUGUUUUGUUAAAGCCACUCUAUAUGUUGUAUUACCCAUUCAAAUCAUGCAGCUGUGUAACUGCCUUAAUAGAUGGCAGCCGUACUGUUAGCUAUUUUAAGUAUAGGAAUAAAAAGUCAUUACAUUAGUCCAAUGUAAAUCUAUGCUAGUUAUAAAAUUGUACUUUUCUACAUGUAUAAUCUGAACAGCAGUAGAACUGUAGAUUUAAUGAAGUGCAUCAAAAAACACAGUCACCCACAGUAUUAGGCCAGUGGCCGACGGGGAGGUUUGAUGCCUGUGAUUAUUUAUGCACAACUAUGAGCGACAAAUCUCCCAAAAAUACAUCUCCAUUGGAAAUAACUGAAAUCCCUGUCAGUAAAACCAACAUAUCGCAAAGUUGCCUCUGGAGGAAACUUUUGGGCGACUUUGUGAUAUUUUUGUUUUACCACUAGCGAUUUCAGUUAUUUCAAUGGAAAUUUUUUAGGACAAAUCUCCUCAUCGGCCACUGCCCUAAAUGAAACUAACUAUGGCUGGUUGUUAAAUGCAAUAUGCCAAGCUGAUAAAUAAGGACUUAUGCUUCUGAACAAAGAAUUGGUCAAAUCUAGGCCUCACAUCUAAUAUUAUAGUGUUACUUGCAAAUUUUAAGCGUCUUUGUGGGUUUUUAAGUAAACGCCUAUGACUCCAUAUAUUUUUGGUUUGAAUAUUAAAAGUACUAAUACAUAAACAGUUUCAACACAGGCUGUGUAUUUGAUCAGCUACUCAUUGCUGCCAUCAUCCUGUCCCUAAGCACAGUGAAAAUGCACAUAUACAAAUGGACUGUCGGCUGAUCUGUCAAAUCACUUCCAUUCUGGGAAACAAACAAUCUCAAGGACACCAGCCUUUUGAUCAGAUAUCUUAGUAACAGGAGGGAGUGUGAAGCUCUGAGGCCAUGAUAACAAGGUUAGUUGCUUUAAAGAAAAAGCCUGCACUAACAUAAAAGGAAACAAGAGUGCCAAAAAGGGGACACCAUUGUAAAGGACUAGUGGAACAACUGCAAGCUUUACAGGGGUGGUUCACCUUUUAGUUAACGUUUAGUUUAUUCUAGACAACUUUUCAGUUGGUUUUCAUUAUUUAUUUUUUGUUGUUUUUUAAUUAUUUGCCUUCUUCUUCUGACUCUUUCCAGCUUUAUGGCAGAGACGCGCUGCAAUUCAUGAAGAUUAGUCGCCCAGUGACAAAUCUCUUCUUCGGGACGACUAAUCUCCCUGAACUGCCUUCCCACUGGCUAGAAUAAAAAUCACAGCCAGAUGGCACUCUGAGCGCUUAGUUUUCUGAAGUCACCCGAAGUUUCCUCGUGUGGCAACUUUGGAAAACGAAGCAAUCCAAGUGCCAUCCCGCCGGUGAUUUUCAUUCUAGCCAGUGGGAAGGCAGGGGAGGCAGUUCGGUGAGAUUAGUCGCCCCGAAUAAGAGGAGAUUUGUCGCCGGGCAACUAAUCUACCCGAAUUGCAGCGUGUGUCUCUGCCCUUAAAGUGCUCUGUAAGGCUACACAUGUAUUGUUAUUUCUACUUUCUAUUUCUCAUCCUUCUAUUCAGGCAUCUCCUAUUCAUAUUCCAGUCUCUUAUUCAAAUCGGUGCAUGAUUGCUGGGUAAUUUGGAACCUAUCAAUAGAUUGCUGAACUGGAUAGCUGCAAAUACUUAAUAAUGAAAACCAAUUGCAAAUUGUAUCAGAAUAUCACACUCAUACUAAAAAUUAUUUAAAAGGUGUAUAACCACUUUAAGCGUUAUGUGGUCCCUUUGUCAAGGAAGAACCUUACCAGCGUAUUACUGUAUAUAUGUUGACAAUUAGGUCAUAGCAUCUUUUUUGCAGUAUCAUUUUCCUAAGUAAUUAAAAGACCUGAAAAAACUGUAGAGUUAAUAAAAAAAAAGUCACAGUCCGGUACCUAGGACAGGGGGCUUUCAUAUUAAAAAUUGCCUUUGUAUUUUUCUAAUGGAAAGAUGAAGAUGUGGAUUUGUUAUUGUUCACCUCUUGCUUUUUUACCCUAGUUUUUAUGAAGACAAUACUAAUUUAACUUGCAAUUCUUGUCAAAACCUCCACUGACUACAGCAUUUAUCACAUCUGACCACCCUUAGGUUUAAUAUAGUAUAGAGAUACUUGGGGGCACAUUUACAUUUACUAUUGGUCGAAUAUCGAGGGUUAAUUAACCCUCGAUAUUCGACGCUCAAAGUUAAAUCCUUCGACUUCAAAUAUCGAAGUCGAAGGAUUUAGCGCAAUUCAUUCGAUCGAAGGAAUAAUCGUUUGAACGAUUAAAUCCUUCGAAUAGAACGAUCCAAAGGAUUUUAAUCCAUCGAUCGAACGAUUUUCCUUCAAAUUUUCCUUCGAUCAGAAAUUGGUUAGAAAGCCUAUGGGGACCUUCCCCAUAGGCUAACAUUGGUGCUCGGUAGGUUUUAGGUGGCGAAGUAGGUGGUCGAAGUUUUUUUUAAAGAGACAGUACUUCGACUAUCGAAUAGUCUAACGAUUUUUAGUUCGAAUCGUUCAAUUUGAAGUCAAAGCUCAAAGUAGUCAAUUCGAGCUAAGUAAAUUUGCCCCUAAGUAAUGGGUACCUGCACAUCUGCCCAAACAGGUUGCUAUCAACAUUCACUAUGUAUUCCUGGAACUUCCACAUUGUAGGUGGUUCUUCACAGUGAGGUUGUGGAAUGCACUGCCGGGUGAUGUUGUGAUGGCUGAUUCAGUUAAUGCCUUUAAGAAUGGCUUGGAUGAUUUUUGGAAAGACAUAAUAUCAAAGGCUAUUGUGAUACUAAACUCUAUAGUUAGUAUAGGUAUGGGUAUAUAGAAUUUAUGUGAAAGUAGGGAGGGGUGUGUGUAUGGAUGCUGGGUUUUCAUUUGGAGGGGUUGAACUUGAUGGACUUUGUCUUUUUUCAACCCAAUUUAACUAUGUAACCCAUGCAUCCCUGCCUACCCAUAGUACUGGCCUUGUAAAUUAGGGGCAUGCACUGAGGUCAGAGGAAUGGGGCUGUAAAUGCUUCAUAGCUGAACAACUGUCACUUUUUCAUUUAUAGCCUGUAUAACACAGAGGUGGAGAUCUGCUGAAAAUGCCUGCUUUCAUAGAUUUCAGGUCAAACUCUGCUCCGUUCUGUGUAUCUACAAUCAGACGGAAAAUGUACUUUUUAGUGCAGAUACAUGGAGAUGAAGAAGAGAGUUGAUCUACUUCUCUUCGCCUGCAGAAAAAAUGCAGGCUUAGAGCAGUUGCUAAAUGAUUGAUACACUCUUAUGUUCCUCUAUCUCCCCCCUUGAUAUGAGCUAUGUUGGCCUGACCAAAGGUUAGACCCUCCAAGGGAAGCUUAAAUUGAAAGUCCAACAACCACUGAUCUAAGGUCCUUAUCACAUUCCCGCACUCACGCUAUGGUCAGUUUUAUCAGGAGCCAAUUAACCUGCCUGUAAGUAUUUGUAAUGUGGGAGGAAACAAGAAGUACCUGUAGGAAACCCAUGCAGACACGGGGAGAACAAGCAGACUCCAUUAAUAUAGGGCCCUAAAUAAUAAUAUAGGGCUCAAAUCAAAGUGUAGUACCUCAGUGCAAUGUUAACAACUGCACCACUUACAUACAGUAUAUGUCACAUUCUUCCAGUGAUUUAGAAAGAAUAAGAAAAGCAAAACGAUGAAACUGUAUGAUUAUUCACAUAUAACCUUUCCUGUUGUUUCUACUGAGCCAUAGCUAUAGCUCUACUGGAGUAGUUUAUUCUGUAGUUGACAGACUUCAAUGAUGCUAGGGAUAACAGAGGAAUCCAUGGAUCAUUGUACUGGCUGGUUCAGAAUCUCAGGAAUAAAACUAGAAAACAACAUUUACUGGGAAACAAUAGUGAAACUACCAAAUCACGUUGGAAAUUUAACAUAGAGGACUUGCUUUGGUCUUUGAGCAGUUUUACAUUGUGAGCAAAAUUAAACUUAGCUAGAGGUACAUGCAGAUUCAGUCUUGAAAUCAGAGGGAAGGUUAUACAAAUGGAGCCAUUUUUUACAGAAGCACAACCUAUUCUUUGCUACAAUGCAUAUUUAUCUUUUAGAUUCUUAUAGAAAACAAAUUUGGAAAAACAUUAUACCACUUAGUGCUGUUUUAGAGAUUCUGAAUUUUCUUUUGUGAAAUUUAAUAAAGCUUUGCAGCUUUGAAUACA